AUGGCAGACGAUAGAGUAGUGCUCGAGGUUGACUUUGCCGGCGUGCUCACUGGCUCGGCGUACCUCACCAUCUUCCCCUCGAACCCGUCCCUCCGCACAGUCUACCUGCAUGCGUCGCCGCUGCUGCAAAUCAACUCUGUGACGCUGUCGUCACCGACCCCCGCAAACCCGCUGUACCCGACGCCUGCGUCGUUUGCGCACACGAACCCGUUCCAGCCGCUCCCGGUCCGCGAGCCGCCCAUCGAUCUCAAGAGCCACCAGGAGAUCAAGCGCAAGACGUGGUCCGCCCUCGGCGAGCAGGAGGAUGGCGAGCUCGCCAUCUCCGUGUCCCACGGCUGGGUCCGCGUUGUCGAGUCGGAAAACGGCAUGAGCCUCGCUCCGAUCCUGAUCCAAAUCGACUACCAGCUUGUUGUUGGUGGCGACGUUGUGGAGGGCAUCGUGUUUCGCCGGCCGGGUGAUGGAGGGGACGAGUCGCAAAUCCCGCACAUGUUCCUCUCGCCCACGACCUUCGACUCGGCUCGAGUGUGGACGCCAUGUGUCGACAGCCUGUGGGAGCGAUGUACUUGGGAGCUCGAGUUCAUCGUCCCGCGGUAUCUUGAGGGUGGCGAGCCAAGAGGGGACAACGAGGUCUUCCCUGUAAUGGUGGUUGCUAGCGGAGAGUUGCUAGAGCAGGUGACACAUCCUCACGACCCACACAAAGUCAUCUUCUACUACAUGCAGACGGGCGACUCGUCGGUGCAGCACAUCUCGUUCGCCGCUGGACCAUUCGAGUUUUACCAGCUCCCAUCGGAGACUGGAGGCGAAACGCAGAAGCCAAUGCUGGCAUUCUGCCUGCCAGGACAGCGCCGCGAUCUGAUCACAUCAACAUCGUUCCUCUGCCGUGCCAUGACGUUUUACACGACAGAGUACAGCUCGUUCCCUUACUCUGCGUACAAGAUGGUUUUCGUGUCCGACCCGCGCGCACAGGCAUCAACAGGAGUCACAAUGAGCAUCUUCUCGUCCGACCUCCUCCACCCCGCCGAUGUGAUCGACCAGGCGUUCGAUACCAGGCAGAUACUGUCAUUUGCGCUGAUCCAGCAAUGGAUCGGAGUCAACAUCAUCCAGCGGACUCUGUCAGACACUUGGCUUGUCACCGGCCUCGCCGGCUACAUCCACGGCCUGUUCAUCCGUUCCCUGUUUGGAAACAACGAGUACCGGUUCCGGAUGAAGAAGGAUAUCGAUCGCUGCGUGCGCUUGGACAAUGGCGAGCAGCUGCCGCUAUGCGUCCCUGGUGCCAUCGACCCGCCGUCAGCCAGCGCCAUGAACUUCAUGAGCUUGAAGGGGCCGCUGGUGCUCCACAUUCUCGACCGCCAUAUCGCCAAGUCGGGGACAUCACUGGGUCUGUCUCGUGUCAUCCCGCGCAUCUUCCUCGCCUCGCUGUCGGACGAAUUGCCAAACAACACGGUGUCCACCAACUCAUUCAUCCGCUUGUGCCGAAAAAUCUCGAGCAUGGACCUCACGACCUUCGCCGACCAGUGGAUCUACGGUAGUGGCUGUCCACAUAUCACCAUCAAGACAAAUUUCAUCCGCAAAAAGUUCUUGGUCGAGUUUGCCGUCCAGCAGCAACAGCCUGCCAUUCAGGCUGCCGAGGCGAUGGACGAAAAGAACAAGGCCAAGUUCAUUGCGUCAAAACGACCAACGCCUUUCUUUGAAGGCAGUCUCACUGUCCGUAUCCACGAGGCAGAUGGUGCGCCGUUCGAGCACUUGGUCGACAUCAAGCAGCCAUACAAGGUCUUCCCUCUACCGUUCAACACCAAGUACAAGCGUACAAGACGGUCUGGCCACGUCGCUGCGCGUUUCAGCAAAUUGCAGGAAACCCUAGUGCAGGCUGAGGAUAAUGACGACGACCAGGCUGAGCAACUACGCGACGUCGACCGCUCAGAAGUGUUCGCUUAUCCGCCGUGGGAUGAUGAAGACGAGCGACGGCGAUGGCGUGUGGGUGACUGGAGCGAUGAUGAGGCCAGUGCAAUGCUGGGCGAAGGUGGAGGAUACGAGUGGAUCCGCGUCGACCCAGAGUGCGAAUGGCUGGCCUUCUUUGAUAUCCAGGAGAAGCCAUGGUUCUGGAUCUCGCAGCUUCAGGGCGAUCGCGACGUUGUCGCGCAGCUUCAGGCUAUCCAGCGGAUGACAAUGUACCCGUCGCCGGUCAUAGCGAGCGAGCUCGCCCGAACAGUGUUGGUAGAGAACUACUACUACCGUGUUCGAAUGGAGGCGGCACGAGCAUUGGUUGUGUACAACAACUCGGAAGCCGAUUACAUCGGCCUCUUCCUUCUCCUCAAGCUGUUCCAGACACUAUACUGUCAGCCGACGGACGACGAGGACCCGCUCAGUGCAAUCGCGUAUCCAAAGCCCAACGACUUUAAGGAUAUCGCCGACUAUUUCUUGAAGAAGAGCAUCGUGACCGCAUUGGCAGAGCUACGAGACCCAGCAACGAAGGGGGUUUGGACGCAAGUCCGGCAAUUGCUAUUGAAUGUCCUCAAGUACAACGACAACUCGGCCACCUUUUACUCGGACUCGUACUACGUCGCAACGGUGAUCUCGGCCCUCGGGAGCGCCUUCUCCGCUGGCGUCAACAUCACUGGCUACAUCUCCACUGAUCGCGACAAGGAGCUGCUGAAGGACGCCACCGAUGCCGUCGAGCGGGCGAUCACCGUCGACCGCCUAGUACCCAGCUACCACAACGUGGUAACGCAGGCAGGCCUCCAGGCGCACCUCAAGUCGAUUCUCGUCGGUCAGCGGACCAACGACCCCAAGAUCUUCCUGAGCUACACCCGCGAGGGCAACUAUGAGCCCUUGCGCAUCACCGCUUUUGACUGCCUCCUCCUCUGCAAGCCACCAGGCCGAAGCCAGCCGCUGGUACAGUACUUGUUUGAUGUGACUCGGCAGGACUACUCGCUCACCGUCCGUCGGCACGUUGCUCGUGCCAUCUCCGAGUCGAUCCUCAUGACACUGGCCGUCGGCGAGGUGUACAUGGCGAGUCCACCCGGAGUCAUCGAGGUGAAUGUCGACUCGCCGAACCAGUAUCACGCCGAGCGCGAGCAGGAGAACACCAAGAUUGUCAAGGCUCUGCGCAAGGAGUUCAACGGGAAGCAGGAAUUGAGGCAGACUGUCCAGCAGACAUUGCUCGAGGCCUUCACUGGCGGUGACCACGAGAUCUUGUUCGCGUUGAUCAAGGCCGCCGAGGUCAUGUCGAGCAGUGUGCCAGAGCCCAAGCCCGGUGUCCUCAUCACCCUGCAGACACCGACCACAGAGACGCCGACCGGCUCCAAGCCCAAGAUCCGCCUCAGUCUCGGUGCCCCUACGCCAACGGCCCAGCGCGCAGAGCAAACAGACUACAACUUCCCCCAGGUCACGUCACCCGAGGUGGCUACUGCCUCCACACCCAUCAAGCUCGUUCUCAACGCUGCUGCCCAAGCGCCUCCCAAGGAGAAGAAGCGGAAGAAUGUGCCCAAGGCACAAGCCAAGGGACUGUCUGACUCCGACUUCAAAGCCAUCUCCAUCGUGCUGCAGAAGAUCACUCUAGACAAGCGGAGCCACUACUUCCGUCAGCCUGUGGACCCCAUCCGCGACGAUGCUCCAGAUUACUUGAAGAUUGUCAAGACUCCUAUUGACCUGGCAACGAUCAGAGCAAAGUUUGACGGCGGCAUGUACGCUACAAGAGACGAGUUCAACGAGGACGUCAAGUUGUUGAUCAGCAACUGUUUCCUUUACAAUGCUCAUGGAAGUCCCGUUCGAAAGGCCGGCGACACCUUUGCCAAGAUGUACGAGACAUUAUGGAAGAAGACAGAGGCCACGUUGAAGGCCAGCGCGGCCGGGCCCGCUGCUCCGGCCAAGGCGCCUGCUCCUUCUGCUGCCGCUGCGCCACCUGCUCGCCCACAGUUGACGCUCAAGACUUCUGCGACGUCCGAGUCACACCUCAUGCCCCCACCUUCGUCUGUCCCCGGCUCGGCAGGAGGGGUGCCAAAGAUCAAGCUCAAGUCGACCAAGUCUGUGACCAUCGAAUCACCAACCUCGGCUAUGCCUCCGCCGCCCCUGCCUGUUCCCAAGAAGUCGUCAUCGUUGGCCGGCUCGUCUGCUGCACGCUCGGCGUCACCUGAAAAGCCACCACGGAAAGAGAAGGACAAAGAGAAGGAGCGCGACAGGGACAGGCCGAAGGACAGGCCGAAGGACAAGCCGACAAAGAAGAAGCGCGAUGCUGCUGCCCUGGACGACCUCCUCGGCGCCGAAGUCGAUGCCAUGGGUCGUGACGAGGCUGCUGAUGCCAUCGAGGAUCUGUUGGGCGAGUCGCCACCUCCACAGCCCAAGAAGAUCAAGCUCAGCGGGUCGAGCGGCAGCUCCAAAUCGUCUCAGCACAAUGGCGGCUCCGAAUCAUCGGGGUCAUCAAAGAAGAGUUCAGCUGCUCCAGAGACGCCGAAGAUCAAGCUCUCGACAACCUCAGAGACACCGAAAAUCAAGUUGUCUUCUGGAGAGUCAUCGAAGAAGCACUCGGAGUCCUCCAAGUCCAAACCUCCCGAACCACCGUUCAAAGCCAAGCUCUGGGGCGACCAGUCAAAGGCCAAGCCUACGUCAGGGGACGUCAGUCGCGAAUCGAGCAAGCCCCGGUCGUUUGGCGAGUCUUCAUCAUCCUCCAAGCCGAGGUCCAGUGGCGAGUCAUCCAAAACGAAGCCGGAUGCGUCCAAAACGAAACCGGAUGCGCCGACAAUCCGGUUCGACAAGCCCAAGUCAUCAGACUCGACCAAGAAGUCGUCUGCUUCGCCUGCGCCUGCCCCGGCUCCCGUGGUCGCCCCACCGCCACAGCCGGCUGCUGCGGCGCCGGCUGCCGGACAGUACUACGCUGCUCCGCAAUGGCCUCGCCCGCCGGCUGACCUCCCGGCAACCGCCACCAACACGAUGCCGUUCCGUCAGAAGCGUGCAAAGGUUAUGAUUCAGGUGCUCAUCAAGGAUCCCAAUGCGGGGUACUUCUUACGGCCCGUCGACCCAGUCCGCGACGGAUGCCCGACCUACUAUCAGGAAAUCGCCCACCCGUCCGACUACCAGACGGUUACGAAGGGCAUUGACCAGAAGAAGUACACAACUAUGGGCCAGCUGGCUCGUGACAUUGAGUUAAUCUUUGCCAAUUGCCGACAGUUCAACCCGCCCGGGCCGAUUACGGACAUGGCUGCGGCCAACGAGGCCCUGUAUUGGCGCGAGUGGGCCAAGGCUGUGUCUCCGCGCAUGACGCCCGACGAGAAGAAGGCCAUGGUGUCGUUGGUCAACCGGGCGUUCAAGGAGCCGCUAAGCUUCAUUUUCCGCGAACCUGUUGACCCUGUGGCACUGGGCAUCCCACAGUACUUUGAAAUCAUCCCUCGAGAGGACGCGCGUGACCUUACUCUUAUCAAGCACAAGCUCGAGAAGGGGAGCUACCAGACGGCGCGGCAAGUGGACGAAGACUUUGAGCUCAUGCUGGAGAACUGCCGCAUGUUCAACGGCGAAGGGCAGAUCAUGGACCUGGCAAACCAGUUUUCAGCUUGGUGGAAACAGCAGCGUAACAAGAUUGAUGUGUAGGGGUGCCGAGUUUAGGGCACUGGGAGAGUGUGUGUGCGUGUAGGCGCCAUAGCCGUAAACUGUGACGAUGAUGUGCAUCGUCGAUGUAUUCUAUCC